GUCACAAGCUCGGGAGAGUUGACGUGUGACAUGGCUGGGCAGAGAUUGAAUCCGAUUCUUCCUCCUGCUCUUUCCCCCUUUUGCCCCCAAAAGAACUAGAAAGAACAGAUUCUUUACUUCAUAUUGGCUGCAUCUUCUUUAUCUUCAAAGCACGAGCGACGCCAGAGGAAGAAAAGAAGCAGAGCAUCAAAAUGGCGGGGACAGACAGAAUCGCUUCGCUCUUUUGAAUCAGGCACGGACAUAAGUUUGACAAUGGCAAAAGCAAUUGCUACGCACUUAUUCCCUCGAGCUUAUAUCCACCGCAUUCGGAUGCGGCCUCAGAACGCAAAAGCUAUAAAAUUUCACGCUCGUAAAUGUGAAGUGAGCAAGCAAAGGAUCAUCGGAGUCGGUCGUGAACCACGGUUGGCGGAGGCCAUGAGCGGCCGCGCAAGUAAUUUUGCUCCGGCGCCAGCCCCUGAGCCAUCUCAAUGGGACUACUUCGAUUUUGAUCUUCUGAGCUACGAUGAGCUUCCGAGUCCGCCUCCGCUUCCACGGGCUCUUUCGUAUCGAACGAUUCCACCAGCGCCACCACCGACUCGGCCUUCUGUCCCGGAAAGAAUGAUGUCACGGCCAACUCCUUCUAGUUUAGCUGGCUUCACGACACCCAUCUCUCCCCUCAUACUCCUCGAGAAUGCCUAUGGGAGGCCCAGAGGGAUUGUCUAUGACCCUCCUCCGAGACCCAUCGGGCAGCCUAACGCUCAGGUCUUGUCUGAGCAAGGCCCCAUGUCGACAGCUGAUGAGCAGAAGGAGGCCUUAAGCAAGCUCAGGAAGGAGAUUUACAACCCCCGGCCAAAAAUGUUCUCCAGGAGACUAAACCUGUACUAUAGGGAAUAUGCUAAUAAAGGUCUCGGAAAUCAGAGUAGUUACCAUGACGAUGAUGAUAUCAAGAGAUGCGCGGUAUGCUUAGACGACUUCGAGCCCAGGAAAGAGGUGAUGGUCACCCCUUGCGACCAUAUGUUCCAUGAGGAGUGCAUCGUGCCAUGGCUGCAGGAUCACGGUCAGUGCCCCGUUUGCCGAUUUUCGAUCUAUGAACAGAGAAGGCAAACUCAACCGCCUAUUGCGACGGUAGCAAUCCAACCCUCGGGGACCAUGUUUUAUGUGCCUGAAACGUUCUUCCGGUGGUAAGGAUAGAGGAGAAAGGAAAUCGAUGAUUUUACUCAUUGAAAGAGGAAACAUAUGUAGCUUUAAACUCUGUACCUCAACAUCAGGAACACCUCCAAGGAAAAUGUCCCUCUCCAGUCUCUGCACCAGUCGUGCAGCUAAAAGGCAAGGGUACCGUGAUGCGGUGUCCAUUUAGGCUCCACGAGUCGUGCAUAGUGGUAGCCUCCCCUUUCGAUUCCCAUCCAGGGAAGAGGUUCGAACACGAGGCCCAAGUGCAAUUUCCAAAAUUUUCCUCUCUAGUCAAAGGAUGAAGACAGAGAAUGUCACUUUCCCAUUGCUCAAUCGAGAGAAAGUAUAAUUUAGAAAAAUAAAAUAGCAGUUUUUUUAUUA